AUGCUGGCCAUUGACACCAUUCCCGUGCUGGGGUUCAGAGAUAUCAAUCUUUCCAACAUCAUAGAUCCCGAAGUGCCCCCAGCCACCAAUCCCCGGACCAUGCUCCGUCCAGAAGACGCCUCUCGGUCAGGACGGCCGUUUCGUCAUGAUGAUUCCGACAGAGCUCGAGCCGCGAGCGAGAACACGAGGUUGAAUGGCGAAAGAGGAGGCGGUGGCCCGAACACGGAGGAUGCUUCUCCCCACGCGGAGGAAAGGACUGUGGCACAAAAUAGUAUUGGCCGCGAGCCGGCCCUGUUGUCGCUCGAAGACACGACAGAACUCUUUCGGAGAAAGGUCGCGGAUGCCAGGCAAGACACCGAACAUGCGCUGGCCGGGAGUGAAGCUGUGAGCGACGCAGUCAAGCCAAAACUCACAUUAGAUCUGGGUCACUCUGAUAUUGCAAGAUUACCGGAGAGUGUGGUCGAUCUGAUCAAGGCCGAGGUUGAAAGGCUAUCUUUAUCUCACAACCAGAUCUGGCAUAUCCCACUUCGGUUCUCGGAAUGCUCACAUUUACGAUACCUCAAUAUCCGGUCCAAUGUGUUCCGAGAGAUCCCACGAGGUGUAUACAAGCUAAGUCAACUAGAGAUAUUGGACAUCAGUCGAAACAAGGUCCGAAAGAUCUCGAGCGAUAUCAGAAAUCUCAGGUCUCUCCGUGUCUUCUCGAUCGUGCAUAACCGGGUGGAAGAUCUGCCGGCGGAGCUGUGUGAAAUGACAAAACUGCAGAUAUUGAAGAUCGCGGAGAAUCCACUGCGGUUCAAGUUGAAGAAGAUUGUGGAGGCCAAGGAAUCCGAAGUCUCAUUCUCAGAAAUGACAGAUCAUGAAAGAGAGACGGCAAUCACUCUCGAGAUCAAACGAUAUCUGAGAGAAGUACAUCCAGUCAUCACUCCCGUCGAUGUGGAAGUGUCUCUUCAAGUUGAAGAGAGCCCAAUGGACAUGACACCGAAGCCUCUCAAGCGAUCCUUUAGCAGCAGAUUUCCCGUCAUACCCAGCACUAACAGUGUUGAACCCGAAUCAGAGGCCAACAAAUCAUCACCAAUCCAAACAAUCCCAAAUCCCCCUCCUGUGCCGACUCGCUCACACUAUCGAAUGACUUCCGGUACGCAGCCAAUCGCGCUUCGACGGCCAGGAAUUGCCCCUCUGAUUAAUCAAAAUAAUGAGAGAAACCGGAGCAAUAGCGAAAGUGUCCUGCAAGCUUCGGCCGCUGCUCGGCAAAAGAGGAUGGGCAUGCUCCGAAAAGAAAAGCCGGACUUGGACAGUAUUGACGAGCUCAAGGUGAACCGGAACAGCCAUCUCCGGGGCUUUAGCCAUGGUUCCGUUCUGAAACGCAAUGGUGCGUUGUCUUCCCCUGGCGGGAACAGCUCUUCGAGCCCCAGCAGUCCACGCGAUCCCAGAAGACACAGGCUCGCCUUUGUGAAACGGCUUUCGAGUCUUCCGGAACACAAAGUCGAGACCGAAUGGAGUAACCCCGUCAUCGAAGGUGCCAAAGGGAUCCUAUAUGCUCUGUAUCAGAUCCAUCCACAGAUAUCCGGUCUUAUUGCUGCGAUCAGAGGAAAGGACGUACGCAGAAGCACACUAGAGUUUACCUUCUUCAAUGCUUCUACCCACGUCGACCGGCUCAACGAAGCAUUGGAACAAGCCGAUGUUGUCGACCCGGGAGACCCAGAUAUGGUUGAGAAAGUUGAGGAUAGCGUUCGAAGGGACUGUGCAACUUGCAUCAUGGCCUACACACACGUAACCGCACAGCUGCAAGAUAACGUCAAGAAAAUUGUCGCUGGGUCUGAUGCCCGAUAUGUGCGGACACUGAUGCUCCUGCUCUACGGAAGUAUGAUUGAAGUCAGAAAUGCAAUUCAAAGCUUUGGGGCGGAUGUGAGAGUGGCACAAGGUCCAGGUCAUAGAAGACAGAUGUCCAGUGGAAACGCACAUCCUAUCCAGACUAUCCCUGAGGAGUUCACCACUCCAUUGCAGCCUGUCCGAGCAAUCACACCCACCCGAGACAGAAAUCUAGCUUCAAGGCAAGGUGGGAGAUUGCGCAGUGACACGGCCAUUCAGCAUCCAGUUGCCGAUAAUAUCCCAACAUAUCAAUCGCACCCUGUACCACCUGCAAGUUCGGCUGCCCUCCCGACUCCGAUUCACUUGACCGGUACCACAUUAAACGGCGGGACUCUCACUGACACUUCCUCGACCUUCUCAAACAGUGGCACUCUCACAUCUGCCGCCAGCUCUGGCUUGAGAUCACGGUCAGGGUCACGCACUGCGAAUACGAUGAAUGGCUUCGCGUCUUCCUCGGUAGCUACCACGCCUCGGUCAGGUGAAGCCUUCACCCUCCCGCCUUCAAAUUCCUUCGCGGCCCGGGUCAAUCCUGCCACCGGUCUCACCGAUGCUCAAGAGGAAGCGGUCUUUGAACAGAUAUUCCUCGCCCUGACAAGGGCCUAUGAUGCUGCUCUGCACACCAUUCCGAUCGCGAAGGCACAGUUCCUGCGAUGCCUUGAAGCGGCCGAAGAAAAUCGACAGUCAAAGGCGGUGCACGAUCUAUGGUCGACCCUGGUCUAUCGCUGCAAACUCUGUAUCGAGAUCAGUGAAGCCCUCCAAAUUCGACUCGUCAAUAUGCGCCUGCAAGAUCCUAGCGUACACGUCGUUGCAACGGGCAGUGGUCGAAAUGACCCCUCGUUGUGGCUCCUUUGCAAAAACUUCUUGAUGGGUUUCAUUGAGCUUCUGACGGAGAUGCGGAUCGCCAAGUCCUUAAGGUUGCUGUCACAGGAGAUCAUAACGAUGUUGAGACCUGUGCAGAAAGCGAGUCGCGAGGCAGGGAGAUUGAUAGAGACAAGUCCCUGGCGGUAUUUGACCGAUAGUGCUGUUGCCGCGAUGCCGCCACCGAGUGUUUUCGGUGCGAACUCGAGCCAGUCGGCCGGCGCUGUGGUGAACGGCAAUGGAUAUUCCAAUACCGUCCACGCAACAAUUACCAACGGCGUCAACGCCUCGCCUUACCCGCCAAACAUAGUCUCCUCCCAGAUCUCGAAUUAUCCGCUGCAGAGCCCAUUCCCACCUCCCAUCAUCCCUGUUCCGCCAAUACCUGGCCUCUCUUCAGCAAGCACGCCAAACACAGCGACGAGACAAAUGAUCAACGGCAACAUACUGUCAAUAUCCUCGGUGUCGACAAAUUCUACAGGAUCUAUAUCUACAGCAGUGAAUGGCAUCAGCCCCGUCUCCGUCCCGCUUCCAGCAACACCUCUGUCCGCAGCCCUCGGUCCGGCCGCACAAGCGACGGUGCCCAACAAUUCCACAAGCGCGUACGGGGAUUCAUUUUUCCGAGGCGAUGUGUUUCAGAGGGCGGACAGCCUCUUAAGCAUGCCGCAAAUUGGUGGGGUGAACUUUUUGAAUAGGCGGUAA